AUGGCCAAGGGUUGGCAGAUCGAUCGGGUGUCAAGGAUGGUUUCGUCCGAGUCCGGGGAUCAAUCAUGUCGACACGCGGGGACGGCGGUGGACCACGGGCCGCAGCGCUACGGCCCGAAGGGGCGACGCAGCGGCGGCGGGCAGGUCGGGGCAACGACAGGGAAGACCUCAGAUCCGGUCGUCGAAGCACCCCCUUCUCCGGCGUCGGGCGACGAGAUGCCCGACAAGUUCGUCGAUGCAAACAGAGCUCUCAAAAAUGGGAAGGGGUUCCUGGCCACGAACGUGGGAAUGGAUGGUUCUUUGAUAAAAUCAGAUGCUGACGUAGCCGCACCAAGGAGCAAGUUAAGUUGCAACUUCAGCAGUUAUCGCACGAACAUGUGUGCCAUGCAAGGUGACGUCCGUCUGCACGGCAAAACCGCCACUGUCUACGUGGUCUCAGCGUCCGAUGACAACCGGCCAGACAAUGGGACGGUCGUGAUCCGCCCGUACCCGCGCAAAUGGGAGACACCGACGAUGCAGCUGGUCCGUGGGGUGACCAUCCGUUGGAGAGCCCCACCGGGACCGGGUGCGCCACGGUGCACGGUGACCUACGACAUCCCAGCGGUUGUCUUCUCCACCGGUGGCUACGGCGUCAACAUCUUCCACGCCAUUACCGACAUCAUCAUGCCUCUCUACAACACAGCGCGGGAGUACGAUGGCCGCGUCCGGCUCGUGGCCACUAACUACGACCGCAAAUGGAUCACCAAGUACCGUCACGCCCUCUCCAUGCUCUCCAUCUACCCGAUCAUCGACUUCGACACCGACAACGAGGUGCGCUGCUUCCCGUCGGUGCAUGUCGGAACGGAGAGCCAUAAGGAGCUAGGGAUUGACUCGGCUCUCUCCGGCAAGGGCUACACAAUGCUGGGCUUCCGGGGCCUGCUCCGGUCGGCUUACUCUCUGAAGCGUGAGUGGGUGACCCCCAAAAACGGUGUCAGACCUCGUCUCGUGAUGGUGCUGCGAAGGAACUCGAGGGCGCUGACGAACGAGGCGGAAGUUCUGGCAGCUGGCACCGAGGUUGGCUUCGAGGUGGUAGCUGCGGGGCCGGAGGUGGUGCGCGACCUGGCCAAGUUCGCACAGACGGUGAACUCGUGUGACGUGUUGGUGGGCGUGCACGGUGCGGGGCUCAGCAACAUGGUGUUCCUCCCGCACAACGACACGGUGGUGCAGAUCGUCCCUUGGGGCGAGAUGAAGUGGCCGGCCUGGACCUCCUACGGCGAGCCGGUGGCUCCCAUGGGGCUUCGGUACGUCGAGCAGGAGACCACCGCCGAGGAGACCACGCUCAAGUACGUGUACCCGAGGAACCACACCGUCUUCACCGAUCCCGUCUCCCUACACAAACAGGGAUUCAACAUGUUGUGGGAGACCUUCCUCAAUGGGCAGAACGUCACCCUCGACGUCGACCGCUUCAGAGGGGUCCUGCAACAGAUCUACCGGUCCGUUACCAUCACAUAA